UGUAAAUUCAACAAUCCAUCAAAUUUCAUUAUAUUCUUUGCCAACAUGGCUGAAAUUCAGAAUGAUGUAAAAUUUUUAAAAGGGUCUAAAGUGUUAGUGAAAGUUGAUGAGGCUCUCAAGGAUAUGUUAGUUGUUACCUACAAUCAUGAAAGCAGAAUUUACCAAGGAGUUCUUAUGGAUACAACUAAUAGACAAUUCCCAUGUGGUGUGAAUGCAUCGACCAGUUUUUUUGCUCCAUUGACAGCAAAACAAGAGGAAGAAAGUGAGAAGCUUUAUUCUGUUAGCCAGAGAUGUACUUAUCUUCAAGAGAAAUCAGCCCUAGCCAAAAACUUACUGCCCAUAAAUGGUUUCAGCAGGAGUAAAGGUGCAACACGAGGCAAAACAAGAAUGACAGUUAGAUUACGACCACGACAAGUGUUAUGUUCAAAAUGCCGCGGAAUUUGCAAUGAGAAUUCUGAAAAUGUUGACCACUCAAAGUCGCACAAACCUCAACCAGUAGCUGAUCGACGUUUGUCUUCCCCCGAAGAAAAGAGUCCAAGAUCCCUUUUUGCUGAAAGCCAACAGGAUAAUCAGCCAAAAAGUGAAAAUUCCAAACCUCUGUUGCCGUUACUCAUUCCAAAAGUUUCGAGAGUUAAGUCAAGUGAUAUUUCAAAUAUGAUGAACUGUACAAAAUUAGCUAAUAAAAUCAAACCUGUAGUCAAUGGAAAAAUCUGGAUGAGGCCUCAAGGGGUUCCUGUAACAGAACCAGAUGAAACAAUGGAAGAUGCAGAAACAGUCUGUGUCAUGGGAGUUGAGGGCGGUGAAAACUCUGAAUCAAUUGACAAUAAAAUGGUGUUACGGAAGAAACGGAGUGUCGGGUCUAUGGAAGACCUAUGGGAUGAAAGUGUUUUUGAAGAUGCACUUUGCAAAACACGCACAACUCCGGUCAUCAAAAUAUCAUUUGGAACAGAAGGAGAGGGUACUGUCGUUAAGAUUCCUUCAAAAGUAAAUUAUGAACCGAGUGAGAGUGAACCAGAAGUCGAUAUUGAAGCACACUCUAGUUUAGGAUUUCAAGAAAGCAAUGAAGCACAGUCCAUUGCUGUAGUAGAAAGUGCAAACUGUGAGAAGACUGUCACGAGGGCAGCCAAGCGCGCUUUAAAAAAAGCUAAAAAAGAAGCAAAAAGGAAAAUGUUGGUCAGUUCUCCAUCUGGACGAUCACCUACAUAUGAAGCUCUCUAUUACCGGAGACAUCGACACAAAGUUAAACACAAGAAGCGAAGGAAGGAAGAUCGCCCAGAGACCUAUAGUGCAAUGAAGGAGCGUUGCCUUCAUCAAAAGCUCUCCAUUCAUUUGAAGCGGUUGAAUGCUAACGCAUAUACAACACGCAAUGAGCUAAGUUCGAGUCCUAAUAGUCAUUCAUCCGAAGAGCCUGAUCCGGAAUUUCCUCCAAUUGAAGGCCAGCUUAAAAAUUUAGAAAAUACAGUUUCAUCCUGUACAACUGUGGAAGGCUGUCAGUUAACUGUAGGUGAUAUUAUUUGGGGCAAAAUCCAUGGAUUUCCUUGGUGGCCAGGCAAGGUUCUAAGUAUUACAAAAUCCACGCCAGAUGCAAGUGAUGCUCAAGCAUACAUUGCAUGGUUUGGUUCCUCAACUACGUCUGUGAUGUCCUGUGAUCAACUCGCACCUUUCCUAGAAACAUACAAGUCGAGGUAUAAUAAGAAGAAAAAAUCCCGAAAAUAUAAAGAAGCCAUUCGUCAAGCUACUAGUGAAGCAACAGCAUUGAUAAGUCAAAAUAUUGAAAGCAUUAGGCCUGCGGAUUCUAAUUCAAUGGAGGCGUGUUCUUGGACGUAAUAUCUCAGGCUGAGUUUUCCUCUCGGAAACAAAGUCUCCGUUAGUUGUUUUGUUACCUGUUUUAGUUUUUCCAACUCAUUUCCUUCGGUCUUACCCACAAUUCUGGCAAUGUGUUAUGAUAUUGCUCAAGUACAUCAAGUAGGUACAUGUGUUUGACAGGUACCUAUGAAUUAACCAUGAAUAAUUUUGAAUUAUCCAGCUUGGAAUUGUUUUUGGAAUGCUUGGAAUCAAAAUGUUUUAAAUUAAAGGAGAUUAUAGUUCUGAAAUGUUGUUAGCAAGUGCUACAGCUAAGUUCUUUUCCAAUUUUUCUACAAAGAUUUGGAUUAAUCUUUUGAAUUGUUUGCUUGUUAACUAGAAAUGAUUCCCUUUUUUCUGUAUAGGUGCUUGUGUCCAUAUGAAAUUAAGAAAUUUUGGAAAUCAUGACUAUUGAUAUAAGAGAUGCCCAAUGUCUAACAGCAUGCUCGGAUUUUGAGGCAAUUUUUCCAGUCUUUUUAAUUUAAAGAUUUUUAAAAUUAGUGACAGUUAAGCUCUAAGAGAGUUAGGUUCUUUCAAUAUGUAUAUUUGAUCAGAGAACAUUUUUUAUCCAAUAGUUGAGCUUCAAAUGUAAAAAGUUUUGCAGCCCUAUUGACUCAACAGAACUUACAAUAAUUUUGCAAGAGGUCAAAAUUAGGCCAACAAGGUUCAUAGCUUCAUAGCUAAAGCCUUUAGCAUGACUCUUUUUGGUUUUGGAGAGUUCUUCUCUCAUUCCAAGUAGCUUUCUCCUUAAAUAUGUUAUCGGUAACAGUAGCAUAUGUUGACACUCACAAUUUUCAUAACCUGUGAAUCAAUCUUUUUUUAGGUUUUCCCCUUUUUUGUGAUGAUGUUUGAACUCAAAGGCAAUACUCUGUCUCAUGUCCCUAGAAAAUUGCUUUUUUACGCAUAUGUAAGUGACUGAGUUAGAACGAGUACUACCUACUACUCUUGUGUAGCUCUUUUCAACGGACAGAUGGGCAUCUUUUCUUACAGGGAUUGAUAAAAAAAAUUUGUUCAAACUCUUUUCUUGGAUUUAAUUGAUGUCUACAAAUAAUGUUCAUCAUAGACGAAGUUGUCUUUGGCAGUUUCUCAUCAUAGAGAAAAUACAGAAGGUGGCGGCGAGGCAGUCACCUUCGAAAGUCGCGUCUCAGAAAUGUACAUUAACCUAUCAGUUAAUGAAAAUGAGGCUACAGCUGUUUUGUAUACACUGCUUCAUACCAACGUGACUAGAGCAAAGAUGGAAAUUUUUUUACAUUUGUGGGAUGCAUUCAGAAGGUCCUCGCAACGUCUGAAAACAGUGAUUUUUGUUUUUGAAAUUUUUCAACACCCCUUCUCCCCUCAACCCUCAUCUCCCACUCUUUCUACAGUUCAGUCUUCAACAUACUUAUGUAUCCUGAUUAUUUGUGAUACAUUGAUACUCGAGCUCCAUUGCAAGAAAAAUCUCCUGGGAGUUCCAGCAAUGGAAGUACAUAUUUAAGUAAAAUAUAUUAUCCAGAAAAGGAUUAGUCACGUGGUCUCCCAAGCCUAAAAUAUUCCCACGGUGCAGAUGUUUUCAUUUGGUCUGGAUGUUAGGUUUGGGCUAAAUUUCUCUUGUGCCCCCAUUUUGUGUAUAGCACCUUAUUACGAUAGAUUCACUGCUGUAUCAGCAGGAAGAUCAUUUGAAAUGCCUCCGGACUUCCAAGGCUUUAAUAUUAUUAAUUCAAAAGAAAAUUAAUCAAUUUCAAUUUUUGUGAAAUUUAUUCUUUGAAAUUUUGUAUUUUCUUGCUGUGAGAAAGAGAUGUAAAUCCCUCCACUUGCCACCACCCUCUGUAUUUUCUCCAAGGUCACCUAUUUGCCGAAGAAUUUUGUGAUUGUAUCCCUAAAAAAUUACAACCGUUGUGCUAUGCUCAAUUUUGCUUAAAGAACAAAAGAAACGCUCUUUUGUGAAGAACUGUCCACUUAAAAUUUUACACCAUGGCACAUAAAACCAAUAUUUUCCGUGUCUUUAUUUUUUAAUAAAUCAUUUUUGUUUUAUCAGUGCAAUCGCUCUGUGCUCUGCAAAAACUAAAUGUUUAACGAAACUUGAAUUUUUCACAUUUUUACUUAAGUAUUGCUGCCAACAACUAAACGAGUCGUACCUCCAUUUCAUUGUUUUAUCUUGUGUUAUGCAACUAAUUGGUUUUGUACUCGACAGAAAAGAAAAAUUUAGUCUGAUGCUUUCAAAGCUGUGACAAAUUUUUUUUGUUAUUUUAUGCUCUCUUUCUUUGUUAAUUUAAAAGAAAGAAAAAAUUCAUUUUGUUGUAUGAUUUUUCCAGGGUUUCAUGCAUUUGUUUCCAAUGAAUCUGGAAACACUUCUCAUAAGUUAGCACUCCUCUCAUUGUUUCUUGCAAUUUACCAAGUUUCUUAGAUCUUAAAACUUUUUGUAGGUGAAAUGUGACAUCAUCAGACCAAAAACUGUAUUAUGUUUGUAAAAUUAGUUUUCCGCUGAACUAUUCUUUUAAGUUUGUUUUUGUUUUUUACUUUUAGAGAAUCUACCGCGUUUAAUAGUGAACAAAACUCUGAAUGAUGAAAUUUUUAAACAUUUUAGACCAAUUUAAUGUAUCUUCAUUUUGUGAUGCUGCUGUUGUGUUAAUUUUUAUUGUAUUUUUGUCUUCACUGUCCAAUAAUUGUAAUGUCUUAAUAGUUCUCCUGUAUGAUUUAAUGUAUAAAGCAUUUUGUAAAUUCUGAAAAUUGGACAUGGUGAAGAAAAUUGGAAAAAAAGAAUAUCAGAUCUACUUACGUCAAGUAGUGUUUCUUUACCGUUUAAGAGGUUUAUUAGCAGUUGAAGAAAUUAUACUCUUUUCUGCUCCUCUGAAAUAGUGGUGUUUAUCAAGGUACUGAAUUUUAAUGCGUAAAGUAAACCUCAGCAAUUCAGCAUUCCUCACUGUGGCCGAACAACAUUAAUUCUGCAUCUUUCUCGAAUACACAUAUGAUUCACACUAAAUUUGUGUAAAAGAGCGCUGUAGAAGAAGAACUUUCUUUAUGGUGGGUGUGUUUUAACCCAAUGUUACAGACUUAAUGCACCAUGAUUUUUUCCUGCAAUUUUCACUGUAAGCCUGUUUUUUCCAUUUUGUGGGUCCCCACUUCUAGAGAAGUGCUCAGUUACUGCUGUUCUUCAUAAGUGAGCACUGUAAUCAGGCGCUUGAGUUGAAGUGCGGAUUGUAGAAAGGGCAAUUCUUGCUUGCGGUGUCUCAGAAAUUCCGUUAACGCUUCAUCCAUUAUGAUCAAGGCAAAUGUAUGUAAUUUGUUGAUAAUUUUACUGAACAUUCUCUGUGAUUUUACAAUGCUUUAAAUGAAAAUUGUUAGAGAGCCCUCCCAAUAGUCUCUGAAAUAUGUAUAAAUCAACUUUGGAGAUUCUAAGUGCCCUUUCUGCACCCAACGCCUCAAUUAUUCUUUCAGUGCUGGACUUGUCCGUUAAAAGCAGUUUUCAUUGUUGAUUUUAAAAUAAAUUAGAAGUCUUGAAAAUAAUUCUAUAAUUGAAUAUUCUAGGAGUCAUCCAUGAUUCAUCUUUUGGGAAUCAUUGAUUGAGCCUUGUUGACAAUUCUUAAUUUCCUCAAUGCUUUUCUGAAAUUUCUUUCUUUUUGUUGUAGUAAUUUAAAAAUUGUAUCAUGGAGAUGAAAUAUCCCUUGAAGUUUCAAAACUCUUAAGUAUUGACUACCAAGUAGCUAUAACUGUCAAUCAGCUAUAAAACAGCUCUAGUUGUCUAUGAAAAAGCAUUAUUGAUCGGUGCGGCCACUUUUAGAAUGAGUCUUUGACUUCGAGCUAGAAGUCAAAUUUUCAGUUCCUAUGUCCUAAAGAGGGAUACUUGAAACAAAUUUUCAAGAAAUGAAAUUACUUUUAAAAUAAACUUUCGAGUUAUGUUAUUCUACGUAAUUUCUACCGCAUGGAAAAAGUCUCCAUUAUUAUUCACAAGCUUGCAAAGCUGUCAAUCAUACAAAAGGUGGAAAUAAUUUCACCUCUUAUCUCAUAAAACUGAAAGCAUUUAGAACUAGGUGCUGCCUCUCUUGUAACCUAGUUUCAAAGGAUAACCCAUUAGACCAGCGGGCUGAUAAUUGAAAUUGAUAGACAAAGAAGAUAUUGGGGGUAUGGAGCGAUCCUGUUCGUUGAAAUGUAUGGUUUUUAUAGACUAAAGGAGAAGAUGCUUGACUAACUGUCAGGUUUCUCAUGGGUUGCCGGUAGUUGUUCUAUUACCUACUGCUUUUAUGUCCAUUGCAACCUCCAACUUCCACCAAUAGGUUCCCUCCAUAUCCCUUUUGUCAUCUUUGUCUAUCAAUUUCAAUAAAUAGCCCGCAGGUCACAUCAGUUCUGUUGGCGUUGAUAUUGUUGACACUCCUAGUAGCACAGCCCUUGAGAGAACUCAUGAAGAAAAUUUAAAACAGGUGAUUUUUUUGAGUCAGAAAAUUGUGUGUAAAAGAGGUUGCAACAAUUUGAAUUCAAGAAUUUUAAGUGAAAAAUUCGUCAGUAAUAUGAUACAAAAAAUCUACAGUAAGCUAAAUUUUUAUGUUUUUUCCUGGAAAAAAAUGUACAUGGUAUUUUCUUGUUAGUCUAUUUCAUCAUUUUUUAUGAAAUCUUUUUUUCAAAAAAAGUUUUAUUGUGUGCUACUAGGGAUGUUUCAUAUUUUUGUUCCUUAGAGUUUUAGGUUGGCUGUAGAAACUUAUUCCUUUUUUCUUUCAGGAAUUGCUUUGCAAUUAUUCUGUUCACACCACCUCCUUAGUUUCAAAAAUCCUAUAGCCAAGAUGCAAUGAACUUCUAUGGACAACUGAGAGUAAUUUUGAGCAUGUAAAGGUUUUAAUUGACCUCUUGCCCCCAGCUGGAUUUGCCUUGUUACCAAAUGUCUUUCUCAAAAAAAUUGGGAGAUCACAUAAACGAAGUUGUAAUGUAGCUUUCAAUCUCACAAGAAGCCCCUAUUUAACGACUAUAUCGGUACUUAAAGUUACGAAAAUUUUCUUUGAGGCUUAUAGAAGGUUGUCAAUUGCUAUACUCUGAUUCAAAAAACUCUUGAGUCCAUGUUUAUGAAUGAUGAACUUCUUUUAUUUAUGUGGAAUAAAUGAAAAUCUGAAUGUUGCAAGCAUGUUUGGCCUGACAUACUUUCACAGUAAACUCUACGCCAUGUAGAAAGCAGCAGAACGUCUGCCAUUUUUGUUCAAGCAUUGAGAGGAAGUACAAGGAUCAAGAUUGUAGGUCCUCUGUCACACUUCCUGAGUGGGUGAGGACUCGGACUUGUGGUGCCAAUCCACUAAUAAAAAAUUUUCAUGGAGAUGGUUGCCAACCUUUGGUUCUAAUGGCAGGCCUUCUCUCCUGUCAUCAUUUCAAUCAGAAAAUUUUUGUGUACAACUGAUUUUCCAUAAUGUUGUUAGCAGAUAGUAUGAACAAGUUGACAAGUGCUAAAGUCAACUUCUCUCUCAACAAGAAGUCUUGCAGUCACUGUUGAUGUCGGCUUCCUCUCUUACAUUAUUAACUUAGAAGUAGAUCUUUGACCUGGCCAGGACAGUUUUCCCCUCCGAAUUUUAUCAAAGAUGGCACUUCGAAAUAAUUGAGAAUCCUUGCUGUAUAAAAGAGUUCUUUUUCUGGCUAUCGUAAAAAUCAAUAAUGUAGACGGAGAGUGUAGCCCCAGAUUUUGUCCCAAAUUCAAUGUUAGAGGAAUUUAAGUAUUAUUUCAGUUAAAUGGGAUUCUAAAACUGUGACAUUCUGUGAAAUAAUACAACCUGAUAGAUAACAGACGGCUGAGUUGCCAAGUAAAAUGAAUUUUUCAGUAUGUCAAGGGGUCGGGGGUUGUUCAUUAACUGCGCAAUAUUUUCCCUCCGGUUUUUCAAUCCCUCUCCCUAACCUCCUGUAAUGCAAGUCCAGAUCCCGCUUGCAAGAAUUAUGUGAUGUCACUUUGACCUGACACCCCCCUCCUGAAAAGAGCAUGAAAAGUAAUUGUUAGAAUCAUCACUGUCUUGAGCAUAAACAGAAAAAAUUGCACAGCAAAAUGCCGAUUCAACCUGAAGAACCAUAUUACAUGAAUUUUAGAGAAUGCCGGCUAGAUUAACAAACCACACACCUCCUUUGUGACAUAUCAAAAUUCACUUUUUAGUUUUUUAAAGAAUAACGAAUGAAAGCAUUUUCACUGAUUCUACGUUCUAUAGUAGAAAAACUUUACAGAAAAUUCUAACAGAAAUUAUUCAUCAGCUCGAACCUAUCGACUUCUUUAAUUUGUGCAGAUUAUAUCUCCUUUUCUUAUAUGGCUUACCUAAGCACUUUUUAAAUCUGAGUCCCUCUGGCUAUACAAUGUAAUGUUUGGUUGACCCUCACCCCUCUCCUCCCUUCAUCGCACCGCAGGAACCUUCAGAAUUCCUCUUCUCCCCUAAGUGCAUUACGAGAUUUAUGAACAGCCCCCAAUAGUAAAAACAGUAUUUUUUUUUUCAGUUUUUUUUUUUUGUAUUUAAGAUGUGUCACAGGCAGAGACAUUUAAAGUGUUGUAUACUCAUUUUUUUAAUAUUUUCAGCAGUAUUUAUCCAUUUUAAUUUUUUAACUUUUUAAAUUUAUUUUGUCAAAUACCCUCCAAAGUUCUGAAAACAUUUCAAAAAUGUCACAACUCUAGGCAGUAGUUUAAAGCAUCACACACCUUUUUUUAAUUUUUUACUCGAAAAUAAUGCGGCUAUCUGUUUGCUUUGGAAAGUCACAUCAUAAUAAGCGCAUUAUCUUCUCAUGAAGAAAGGCUGAACUAUGAGCUCGUGUUUAUUCCUCAAUUUUUUUUUUUUUUUCCAAACAGAUAUUUUAAGGUGGGGGUUCACAUCUGAGAAUCAGUGUUUUGCAUGAACUCCUCUUAUUAAUAAACACUAGAUUUAUAACUUGUAUAAGUAUGAUUAAAUGUACAUGGUAUGCAUUAAAAGCUUAUUUUUAUUGUGUAUAAUUCAACUUUAUACUUAUUUUUAUAAAUGUUUAAGUGAAAUGGAAAGAAGUAUACACUUAAAAUAUUUCAAAGGAAA